UCCAAAUCGAAUCUAUUCAAACUGGCAUUUAAAUCCACACGAGUGAAGACCUCAAUAGACUAACUUACAAAAUCGCGCGGACUCCUGUUCGCGGUGUUACGAGAGUACUGUAGCCUUCACUUCGUUGGGAAACGGGUUUCCAAGGAAUAAUUCGGCCAUAUGCAGCGGUACCACGCCCGGAGUGGAGACUUUUAACACGGGGCCAACACCAUUCAUGCAAAUAUUCCCAACCACUAGUUCAUAGACGGGGGACUUUAGAAGAGGAACUACUGUGUUGUGUUGACUUUCAAUAUUGAACGCCAAAUAUAAAACAGUCUGCAAUGGAGUUAUUAAAUCCAAAGGAUCUGUUGCGUUCCUAAAACAGAUAAACCGCAUCAGGAUUUCAGCCACCGUUACGUGUCGAAUACUGUAACACUUUUCCAACCGCUGCAGAAAUAUUAAGUGUACAAAUGACGGUUUAUGAUUUGGAUUCUUUCCUCAACGCGCUCCAGGGAAACACUUUAUCUGGCUUUAUCUAAACGCCUGCAUUUGAGUUGGAACGGGCGUUCUUUCGAUGGAACUGCUGAAAAGCUCCGAAUUGUGAACCGUCGCGGAGAAUCAUGACGCUGGACAGCAUCCUGGCGUGCUGCCUCAGCGAGGAGGCGAAAGAAGCGCGACGGAUCAACGACGAGAUCGAGCGGCAGCUGCGCCGCGACAAGAAAGACGCUCGACGCGAGCUCAAACUGCUUCUGCUGGGAACUGGAGAGAGUGGGAAAAGCACCUUUAUUAAACAGAUGAGAAUCAUUCAUGGCUCAGGCUACUCGGAAGAGGACCGGAGAAGCUUUACCAAGCUGGUCUAUCAAAACAUCUUUACAUCUUUGCAGGCCAUGAUACGGGCAAUGGAUACUCUCCAGAUCCACUACAGAUAUGAACGUAAUAAGGCCAAUGCAAACAUUGUCAGAGAAGUAGACGUAGAGAAGGUCUUCUUGUUCGUCAGCCCCUAUGUAGAUGCCAUCAGGAGUUUAUGGAAUGACCCAGGAAUUCAGGAGUGUUAUGACCGGAGGAGAGAAUACCAGCUCUCAGAUUCCACAAAAUAUUAUCUAAAUUCACUGGAUCGCAUUGCCAACCCUUCCUAUCUUCCCACCCAGCAAGAUGUGCUCAGGGUCAGAGUGCCCACUACAGGGAUCAUUGAAUACCCCUUCGAUCUACAGAGUGUCAUAUUCAGGAUGGUAGAUGUAGGGGGGCAGCGGUCAGAAAGGCGAAAGUGGAUCCACUGCUUUGAAAACGUCACCUCCACCAUGUUCCUGGUAGCCCUCAGUGAAUAUGACCAAGUUCUAGUUGAGUCUGACAAUGAGAAUCGAAUGGAGGAAAGCAAAGCAUUGUUUAGGACGAUAAUAACAUACCCCUGGUUCCAGAAUUCAUCAGUUAUUCUUUUUCUGAACAAGAAAGACCUUUUGGAAGAGAAAAUAAUGUAUUCACAUCUUGUAGAUUACUUUCCUGAAUAUGACGGACCCCAGAGAGACGCUCAAGCCGCAAGGGAAUUCAUCCUGAAGAUGUUUGUCGACCUGAAUCCAGACUCCGAAAAAAUCAUUUACUCUCAUUUCACCUGCGCCACUGACACCGAAAACAUCCGAUUCGUGUUUGCUGCUGUCAAGGACACCAUCUUGCAGCUCACACUGAAGGAAUACAAUCUAGUCUGAAAAACCCGCUUAUGGUUUGGUCAUUGUCUUGCCGGGUUAAAGGACUCAUCAGUCUGCAGCUAGAGUCUGCCGUAAUGCUGUGAGCCAUUAAAGUCUGCUUUAACUGUUCGAGUGGUUGGCUGUCCCUGAUUCUGCUCUAUGGAAUUUCUAUCUGCUCGCUGCUUCGUCAUUAUUUAUUUGCACCUCAGAGCUACUUCACAGGGUUCAACUUGAAUGUUAUAAUUCCAUUUGAAUGAAAAAUGUUAUGUUAUUGAACAGAUUUUUUGAAGGUUUGUUCUGUAGCAGGUUCUUCAAGAUGUACACAUUGAGCUGCUUGCUGUAAAUGUUACGUAGAUUUCUCCAACUUGGACAUAUUAAUUAUUCUGUGUGGUGAGGUUAUUAGAAAGCAAUGAAAAGUACUUCUAUAUUGUAAGAUGGUAUUGUUUUUUUAAGAGUCGGCGCAAGCUUAGUAGGGUCUUUCCUCAUUUCCAAGGCACAUGCAAUGGUAAAGAAUAGAUAACAGCUAGUUUACAUUAACAUUUGCAUGAAUAAUGCCAAAGUUCUUAUAAUGUGACUUUUA